AAGGGACAAAUAUGCGGGUAAAGAACUCAGCCAGGCGGCCUCGGAACCCGCUGCUACUGAGAACACCAGACGAGCUGGAAGAUGACGUUCGCAAAUUUUACGACCGGAACCACCUACAAGACGUGAUCGACGUUGAGUUGCUUAUCAAAGGAGCACGCAUAGCACAAGAACCCGAUAAUCUGUACACCCUCGACUUAACCCCAGCAGAGUUCAAGGCGAUAAAGGACGAAAAAGAGUCGGGCUUUUGGCAGCAAAGUAAAGAUCUCAAGGUGACCAUCCUUACCACAGCAUGUGCCGCAAUCACCCAAGGCUGGCAGCAGUCCACGAUCAAUGCGGGUUCAGGAGGCUGGAAGCAUGACUUGCAACCUAAAGGAGAAGACUGGACGCACGACCAUCUAUUGUUGGCUGGCUUUAUUGAUGCUGCGCCUUGGCUAUCGGGCAGUAUAAUUUGUUCGAUACUUUGUACGUUUUUAUUGGUGUAUCUCUGGAUUUUUCUGCCGAGUGAUUCUAACACAUAUCAAUACAGUGGCGUUUUUGUCGGCUUCGCCUGUGAUUGGAUUGUCAAUCGCCAGUGGAGGGUGCUUUUAGGGACAGCGUCGAUUCCCGCUCUUAUCCUCCUGUUCCUCGUCUUUCUAUGCCCGGAAUCCCCACGGUUUCUUAUCCGUAGAGGAGACUAUAUUGGGGCAUACGUGAGCCUCCGACAGCUACGAGGUACUGACAUCCAGGCGGCGAGAGACCUUUAUUAUAUCCAUAGUCAACUACAGGUCGAAACGGAGAUGUUUGAUGGUGAGAGACCGCAGAACUGGUAUAAUCAAGAGAUAUACCAGGAGAGGGUCCGUGAGACAGGGUUCCUAAAGCGGCUUGUGAUACUUUUCAGUCAUCCACGCAACCAAAGGGCAUGUGUGGCUGCAUUCUUGGUAAUGGCAUCGCAACAGCUGUGUGGUAUUAACGUUCUUUCGUUUUACUCUUCUCGACUCUUCAAUGGUGCAACCACCCAGGACAAGAUUCCCGAUACAAGUGAUUCCCGGCAACCUGCUAAUGUAACUUGGCUUAACUUUGGGUUCGGCUUGGCGAACUUCCUCUUCACCAUUCCUGCCUAUCGAUACAUUGAUUGGCGUGGGCGUCGACUUCUUCUCCUCAUUUCGCUAGCGGGAAUGUUCCUCAGCCUUCUUGCUAUUGGGUUUUUCUUUCGAAUCGAAGCCAACACGGUCAGGCUGGCUCUUGUAUCAACUUUUGCCAUUGGCUUCUUCACAUUCUUUUAUGGUAUCGGUGCUGGACCAGUCCCAUUCACCUUCAGUGCCGAAGUUUUCCCACUUGCAUUUCGUGAGGUCGGCAUGAGCUUCAGCGUUAUGGUCAACUUCCUAGGUCUCGGGCUUCUGGUACUACUUGUACCCAAAUUGACCGAGGCUUGGGGAAAAUAUGGAGAAUCCAAUUUAUGUUUUCUUUUCAUGGGACUCAAUGCGCUGGCCUUUGUUCUUGUUUUUCUGUUCGUUCCCAGUGGCACUGCAAAGGUGGGCCUGGAAGAAAUGAACCAAAUAUUUAACACGAAAAUGUCUGUUCAUAUCAAAGAGCAUGUCGUUAGCCUUGGAAGUUUGUGUGGCCAGCGAAAGCUAGAGGAUGAACCGCAUAAUCUCCAGCAAUUUAAUGAUCAUGCAUAG